UCUCUUUCAGUUUAUAUCAGAGAGCCCAAUGGAGUCUUUUGAAGGACCUAGUCAGGUUAGCAGGGCUAACUUCUUAGAAGUCCCCACAAUAAAUGAUUUCUCUUCAGAGGAUGAAGAUGUUAAACCUGAUAUUAAACAUCGUUUCUCUCCACUUCCCCGAAGGCGGAAUUCUGCUUCUUCUUCAGAGGAGGAGGCAGAUACCCCCACCACCAUCUCAAGAAAAGUUUCAUUUGCUGAUGCAUUUGGGUUUGAUCUCGUGUCUGUUAAAGAGUUUGAUACCUGGGAAGUUCCAAACACAAGUCUAAAUGACAGCAUAGAAGAUGAAGUUUUCCCUCAGGAGGAAUAUUUUUUCUCUCAACAGUUUAUGUUGCCUGCUUCACAAGAAGAACUUUUGCAGAAAGUGAGGGAGCAGAAAGUACUGUUGGAGUCAGUCGUGUUCCUGCCUGGGAUUACCUGUAUGAACGGCAUUAUACGAGUCCUCAAUGUAUCCUUUGAAAAACUGGUGUAUGUUCGAAUGACACUGAAUAACUGGCUCAGUUAUUAUGAUAUCCUUGCAGAGUUCAUGCCUAAUUCUUGUGGCAGUGAAACUGAUCAGUUCUGCUUUAAGAUUUCUUUGGUGCCUCCCUACCAGAAAGAUGGAGCUAAGGUGGAGUUCUGUAUACGCUACGAGACAUCGGUUGGUACCUUCUGGGCAAACAACAACGAUAAAAAUUACACACUGAUUUGUCACAAGAAAGAAACUGUGUCCAAGGUGGAUAAUAAACCACACAAAGAGAUUACUGAUAGACAACUUAAAGGCUGCCUAAAGACGACACAAAGCAGCAAAGAAGAAAUAGUGACAACGUCUGACAAUGACACGUGGAAUAAUUCAAGGACUUCAGGAACAAACAUCCCAGCAAUUGUUUAUUCACAAGCAGAAGACAAAGACACCAAACCAGAUAAAGAAAACAGAAGAGAUAAAAAUGCAGAAUACAACCAGGGUAAUCAUGAAGAAGAUGAAAAAGAAUUAGAGUUGCUGCUAAGUCAGAACUUCGCAAGAGCUAGAGGUACCUCUUCCAGAGAUGAAAGAAACUUACACACAAUAGAACCAGUUAAUUUUCCUAGUGAAACUGAAAGAUUGGAGGAAAAGCUAACCUGGACAGAAAGAAGCAGUCACUUGCACCCUGUGCCUAUCAGUUCCUCAUCUGAAAACGCUUCAGAAGGGAUAAGAGAAUUAAAAGAUAAAGUCAAGUAUUCCCUAAGAGGUUAUGAUAGUCAGCCAUCAGGGAAAGAAGCUGCUGCUGGCUCAGUAAAGAGUGGUGAGCGGUCUUUGGAAUGUACUGGUACCAGUGAAAGCCUUUUAUCAGCAAAAUAUUUUCCUGGGACAAAGCAGAAUGAGGCUAUCGAUAUUACAGCUACUGUCUCAAGCAGACAAGGAGAGAGCCACACAGAUAUUUCAAAAGGUGAAAGAGAUAGUGCCUCAGGAAGUAAGAUGAUGGAGAGGUUAUUCAUCACUGAGGAUGAUGUUGAUAUCUCAAAAGGGGCCUGUGAAACGAGGCCAGAAACCAUUUCUCCAGAGCAUGAUGAAUCUAUGCAAUUAAAUGUAUGCAUAGCAGGGAUGCUGGAUGGCAAUGCUAAUCCAGCUCUGGAGCACCAGGCACUGCAAAUGUCUCACCAAACUCUGGAUUCAUUGUUGUCAGGCGCUGACAAAAAUGAAGGAAAAAUCAAGAUGAUUGAAAGCAAAGUUCAGGUACACUUAAGAGGAGAUUUAUAUGCUGACACUUUUGCACGUGCUGAUGUCUCAAUAGAUUCCACACAAAGCCAAUAUACACAAAAAAAAGGAGAUGGUGAAAUGUCAGGAAAGAACUAUAACACUGAUGCAGGGAAUGAGAAGAAAGUCAUCGAAGUAGCAGACUUAACAAUAAUUGGUGAGGAGGAAGCACCCAAGCCUUUCAAGUCACAUAGAAAACAUGCCACCAAAGCAUUGAACCCAAUGCCUCUGUCAGCUGAAGACAACAAACAGCCACCCAGGUCUGCAGAUUUGCCAGCGUCCUUUCCGGAGGAUGAAAGAAGAACUGAGGACACGCGGGAACACGGAGGAUUCAGGAGGUUAAAAGACAGAGGGAAGUCAGAACACACAAGUAAAGGAAGACUGAUAGGAAAGGAAAGUGAAGCAAACCCCGUAGAGUGGAGUUGGCAUGAAACGGGUAGAGAGGUUCGGUGGGGAGCAAGGGGGAGCACAGAGCCUCAGAGUACGGCUUCCACAAGGGAGUUGUUUACCUGCCAGGAGGCAGAGAGUUGUGAGAAGUCUUCUGUCUCUGAGCAGGGUAUUACAGCAGAAGCAGAGGCAGGUACAGCUUAUAUAAUUAAAACAACAUCAGAAAGUGCUCCAGAAAAAAUGUCUGCCAGUGAAAAAGCAGUAAUUGCUAAGCUACCUCAAGAGACUGCACUAAGUGACAGGCCCACAGAGGAAAAGGAAACAGCGUUUGAUACACAUGAAGGGAGAAAUGAUGGUUCACAUUAUGCUCUUUGUCAACUCAACACAGUGGGUGUAUUAUAUGACACUGAAUUUGAAAAGGAAUCAGUUUUAGGUAUUUAUAAUGCAUGCGUACAUGAAACACUGCAAGGAGAAACGAUGUCUGUAUGCAAUAGCAAGGAAAAGCGUGCCAAAGCACAACCAGACAUGGGCAAUAUUCUACCUGUAGGAGAAACAGUAAAGGCUUCUUCCACAGGAAAGAAGGAGGAUCUGAAGCAAGGCUUAUGUUCAGAAGUAUCUCAGUGUCCCCUGAGCGCUCAGAAGCACCUGUACAGUGAGAAAGCAGAAAAGCUCUAUAGGGAAGAAAGACACAUUGAUGUACUUUGCCAUUUAAAUGUUAAAGCUGAAACAAAAAUGCCACCUUCUGGUGCAAAUACUGUGCCCAGCUACCAUUACAUAAGCUCUUCACUGGCAUCUUCUGAAAUGUCCACUGGGGCAGGAGACAUGGAGCAUCUGUAUAGAGACUUUGAUAAGGUUGCUGCUGAGUCAGGCUAUGAUUUAAAUCUAGCAAAUGAAAUUACAUGUAUUAAUAAAAACCUAUAUCCUGAAGCUGAGAAAAAAGAAGUAACUUCCACUUCAGACUUAGCAAUUUCUAGAGAACGAAGAGGAAGAAGUAUGGAUCAAUGUUUCCAUCAAGCAGAGUUGAAACAGGAGAAGUCAUGGAGUCCACAGGUUUUGAUUAGUAAGCCUACAAAAGAAGCUGAAGGAACAGGCUUUCAAUCUGUCCAUUUAAUAACUGAGGGGAAAACACCAAACUGGUUUGAUGACUCACAGAAGGAAAACCUGCACAUUUCUGAUUCUGCAGGUAUUUCUAACCAGAAGAGUGAAGCGCCUAAGUUACCUAGUGAGUCUUCAGGUUUAAAACAUGUUGUUUUCAAAAUCUUUUAUUUCUUCUUCUUUCUUCUUUUUGCUGCAACACUUUACCACUACGAUUUGAUGGUUUGUCUUGCACUCUACCUGUUCUCCUUGUGUUGGCUAUACUGCAAAGGAGGAAGAAGCAAAGAGUCUCUCAAGAAGGAAUAGCAUUGAUUGUCAACUGUGCUCAAAAUUUAUGGUCAAUAGCCUCCAAAGCAUUUCACAGCUUAUUCACUGUUAGAACCAAAGAAAGUUUUCCACUAAAGCAUCUUUUUUAAAAUAUUACAUAUGAAGUUGAGCCUUCGUAUAAGUAAUUAUACUAUAUAGGACCAUUAUAUUUGGAUCAUUAAAUACCUAUAUGAAUAUGAGUUCUGAAGCACAUCAAGUUAAAAUGAAGUACAGUUGUUUUCUCCUUAGGAGGAUAUGAAGAAACAAUGCUUCAUAUCUCUAGUACUUAAAACCACUGUUUUCUUGCAUUAAUUUCUUCUGCAGUAAAGCUUCAUAUAUUUCUGGAAGGUUUUUUUUAAGACUUUGUGUAAUACAUAACAACACAAGGAACGAUAUAAAACUAACUCAGUGUUUUGGUACUGACACUGCAGUUGAUAAUCUGCUAGCGUAAUUAGCCAGUGCUCUAAGAAAUAUGACAUCUGUUGAUAGGUUAAUGUUUUUUUCCAAAUUUUUAUUUCACUGUUUUGACUUAAAGCUCCAGUGGUACCCUUGUUGGAAGAACAUAAGGCUUUCACUUCAGUAACAUGAUGUAACUUUCAGGAUGUAACUGCAUAGCAGAAUAGAUGUGCUGUUUCCACCCUGAGGAGAUUAAAGGCCCAGGCAUUUUACUAUUCACUCAUGUGCAGGAAUGUUUUCAUUUUUUGUAAAUGAGGACUGUGUAACAUGACUGAGAAUUUCACUGAUCUGUUAUUCCAGACAAACCCUUUUGGAUAACAUUUUUCAUCAGUGUCGCUUGAGCAUAUCUACAAAGCAUUAAAUAAAUUUUACAAAAGUGCUAUGACAGUGUUGACCAUGACUGAAUUCAGUUUACUGCUUUUUUCUAUGGCUUGUUACCUAGAUUUGAUCAAACACCAACUGAAAGCACAGGGAAUAACCCUGGCUUUCAGUGAGACUACUUCCUGUGGUUUGGGUGAGGUGCAAAAGCCUGGUAUCUGCCCUAAGGAAAGCCCAGAUUGAUCCUGUGCAGUAGGAGUCCUACAGGGCAGGCACACUGGUGGCUCCACUCUUCCAACACUGAGUGUGUCCCACAUAGAGUCAUGCCUGGAGAUUGUCCAGAAGGAAAAGGAUGGAUAGAUUAUUUUGAGCUUCAGCCAUUUCCCAGGAUAUUGUCACAAAUGCCAUCUUAUGUAGUUUGUCAAAAGAUACACCAAGGCUACAUAAUGUUACUAGAGCCCUAGAAACUAUGAAGGAAAAAGACCCGGUUUUAAGCUGCAUUUGUCUGUCCUCACUGCCACUGUGAAAUACCACACCAACAGUAAAAGGCAUGGUUGCAAUAUACAGCUGAAGCUAUUUAGCUGUUUAGCAACCAAAUAAAUCUUUUAAAGUCUACUUAAAACUUAUUCAGAUGUUUCAGGAUGUUAAGAGACUGCUGCAGGAGGCACCUUGGCAUUCUUGUUCUGCAGAGGGACAAAAUUUUGAAGCAUGUGUGUGGGUGAUCUAUUGCUGAUGGCUGGAUACCUUGAAAACUUUUGACAGAAACCCAUGCAUGAGUUUCAGAGGUGGGCUAAAGGAAUUCAAGAGUGACAUGGAAGGCUGUAUCCAGAGGUUCAAAGGUAUAUAGGAGCAAAAUGUUCAUUGAGAUAAAGAAACUAAUUUAGUAGGCAUUAGUAGCUAGAUCCAAUAAAAAGCUUAGGCUUAGACUUAAAGGAGGAUUGAGGUUGAAUCUGUGUUAAGUCCAAAAUAAUGAUAGCAAACACUUCUUUACAAAUGUUAAAAAAACCUAGCCUUUUCGCGAUGUUUACAGGUACUUUUUAUUUUAAAAAGCAUGGCAUUCCCUUACUUUUGGCGGUUCACUUUCUCUAGCAUGACAAGUCCCUGGUCUAAGUGUUUCUGAAUUUCAGCCUCACUGGGAUAGAGAUGUCAGGUAUUGCUUUGCUUCCCAGUACAAUGGAAGUUCUCAAAUAGUGUCUAAUAUAUUCUGACAGGAUCAAGGUUUUCAGUUAGACGGUUAAAAAAGUGAACAAAACACCCUGCAUCUGUCCUGCUGAAGUGUCAGCAUGCAGUCAAGUACCAGAUUCUUGGGAAGAGAGAACAAGCACAUAAGAUGAAUUUUAGCCUAAUAGCUCAAACCACCAUGCCAGAAAUAAGAAUCUUUAUAUGCAAUGCCCAAGUCAAAACAUCCUUCAAUCUAUGUACCCCAUAACAGUUUAAAGCAAAAUUCAGAAAAUUAGGAGCAAGGACCAAACCCCAGGAUCCUAUCUUGUUAGAUAAAUGGUCUAUUCACUAAGCCACGGGAUUCAAAUCCUUGUUUGAAUAUCUUCAGCUUUACCAAACCUGGGCCUUCCAUCCAGCAGGAUAUAUUUCAGCCAUUGGACCACUAUUGUUUUCAGGGGGAUUCUGGUCCCUAGGGUUUAGAAAUACCUCUUUGUGUAGGUGGGUUCCUACAUUCUGAGCUGAGUUAAGCUGAAAGUUGUUAUCUGAACAAAAUAAUAGCUACUUUUUCUCCAAUUUGAGGGUAGACACUUUCAUUUGCAGCUCACAUCCCAGGAGAGUUUCCUUCUCCCAGAGAUUUGGUCUUGAAAGAGGCAAGUAAUGUCUGUUUCUUAUAGAACUAUUGAUCAGAUAUAGUCCAAAUACUUAAGCAUCUGAAAUAGCUAAAAAACCUUAAACAUCUUGGACACAGGCCUUACUGCAAGCAGAGCUGAGCAGCUCAGCCACCAUGGUAGUGGGAGAGGCUGUAUUCUGUUUAAUCAUGGGGACUCCAAGGAGUGUGCACUCUGA